CGACACUUGAAAGCGCUCGCAAAUCACGUGGUCGUGUAAAUAUCUUGCGUGACACGUGCUCGCGCUCCGGAAUCUUUUUAAAUGUGCAACAGCAUAUUUGUUAAAAGUAAUUAAGUCAUGAUAACUAAUUGUUUCGUCUGCGGAAAUGUCGGUCCACGCUACAAAUGCCCAACGUGCAGGGCACCUUAUUGCUCCGUGGGAUGUUGUAAAAAACAUAAGACUCAACCUUGCGAGUCUCCAAUCUCACCUGAGAAAUCCAAGGAACAUCAAAGCAUCAAUGAACGGAAGUAUGAUUUUCCUACAGAAGACACCGUACCCGUGGAAAAAUUAAGGCAGUUACAUAAUAGCAAGGAAUUGAAACAGUGCCUUGAGAAUCCUCAUUUACGUGACAUUAUGAAGACAGUUGCAAGUAGCUCAAAUCCCACCGAGACAAUUGCAGCAGCCAUGAGAGAACCCAUAUUCGUGGAGAUGGCCGAUGCCUGUCUGAAGAUCGUGGAACCACCGGACGAUGCUAAGCCAUGCUAAGCAACUUCUGAGUGUACGUUGCAUCAAAUACAACUGUGAUACAUUAAAAAAGAACAUUAUACUUAUUUUUAGUACAACCUAUAAAUAUAUUUUACUGAUUGUAUAAAAAUGUCGAGACGGGGAAAAUGUUUUUUUUUUAUUUAAAUAUUUAUGUACAUCGUAAGAAUACGCGGAAUAUAAAAAUUUAUUUCAGAUGGAUGUAAAGAUGAUAUAAACAUAAUAUAAUUUUUUUUUU